CCCUGACGCAGACCGACUCAUCCGUCUAGUGGUGAGCUCUCCGAGGGAAGGCUUCCACAUCGGCAAGCGGAUCCAGGCCCUCCGUGUGCAGCCGCCAUGGAUCUGACCUUAAGCCGGGCUGACUAUCUCCAGGUAGGCGUGACCUCUCAGAAGACUAUGAAGUUGCUUCCUACCUCAAGACAAAGAGCUACACAAAAGGUGGUUAUUGGAGAUCAAGAUGGGGUAGUGAUAUGCUUCGGCAUGAAGAAAGGAGAGGCCGGGCCAGUGUUCAAGACUUUACCAGGGCAGAAGAUCUCGAGACUGGAACUAGGAGGGGCUCUUAACACGCCUCAGGAGAAAAUUUUCAUUGCUGCAGGGUCCGAGAUUAGAGGCUUUACAAAGAGAGGGAAACAGUUCCUCUCUUUUGAAACAAACCUCACCGAAAGCAUUAAAGCUAUGUACAUAUGUGGCUCUGACCUCUUUCUCAGUGCCAGCUACAUCUAUAACCACUACUGUGAUUGCAAAGACCAAAAUUACUACCUUUCUGGGGACAAAAUCAACGAUGUCAUCUGCCUUCCCGUGGAAAGGUUAUCUCGAAUGACACCGGUGUUGGCCUGCCAGGACAGGGUACUCCGAGUCUUACAGGGAUCUAAUGUGACAUAUGAAAUCGAGGUUCCUGGUCCACCCACCGUCCUAGCACUACAUAAUGGAGAUGGCGGUGACUCUGGAGAAGGCCUUCUGUUCGGCACAUCAGAUGGAAGACUCGGGCUGAUUCAGAUCACAGCAUCCAAACCAAUACACAAAUGGGAAAUUCGAAAUGACAAAAAGCGGGGAGGUAUCCUGUGUGUUGACAGCUUUGAUAUCAUGGGUGAUGGGGUGAAAGAUUUACUUGUUGGGAGAGAUGAUGGAAUGGUGGAAGUGUAUAGUUUUGAGAGUACGAAUGAGCCUGUGCUACGAUUUGAUCAGAUGCUGUCUGAAAGUGUCACGUCGAUCCAGGGCGGCUGUGUAGGGAAGGAUGGUUAUGACGAAAUUGUGCUGGCCACAUAUUCAGGCUGGGUGACAGGGCUGACUACAGAGCCUACUCAUAAGGAAAGUGGGCCAGGAGAAGAACUAAAACUUAAUCAGGAAAUGCAGAAUAAGAUUUCUUCUUUAAGGAAUGAAUUAGAAUUGCUGCAGUUUAAGGUGAUUCAGGAGAGAGAAAAUUACCAACAGUCUUCACAGUCAAGCCAAGCCAAGUCAACAGUCCCUUCAUUCAGUGUAAAUGACAAGUUCACAUUGAAUAAAGACGAUGCUAGCUACAGCCUUGUCUUAGAGGUUCGGACUGCAAUAGAUAAUGUCUUAAUACAGAGUGAUGUUCCAAUAGAUCUGCUUGAUGUGGAUAAGAAUUCUGCUGUUGUGAGCUUUAGCAGCUGUGAUACAGAGUCAAACGACAACUUUCUUCUUGCCACUUAUCGAUGCCAGGCAAAUACCACCAGGCUGGAGCUCAAGAUUCGUUCAAUUGAAGGCCAGUAUGGCACACUCCAGGCAUAUGUGACUCCAAGAAUCCAACCAAAAACCUGUCAGGUUCGCCAAUACCACAUCAAACCGCUAUCACUCCAUCAAAGAACUCACUUUAUUGACCAUGACAGGCCCAUGAACACACUGACUCUAAUAGGCCAGUUCAGCUUUGCUGAAGUUCACUCCUGGGUAGUGUUCUGCCUGCCUGAAGUUCCUGAAAAGCCUCCAGCAGGGGAAUGUGCAACAUUUUACUUUCAGAAUACCUUUCUGGAUACACAACUUGAGUGUGUAUACAGAAAAGGAGAUGGAGUGUUUAAAUCUGACAACAUUUCUACAAUAUCCAUCCUAAAAGAUGUGCUUUCUAAAGAAGCUACAAAAAGGAAAAUUAAUCUCAACAUAUCAUAUGAGAUAAAUGAAGUAUCAGUCAAGCAUACUUUAAAGCUAAUUCACCCGAAGCUGGAAUAUCAGUUGCUUUUGGCUAAGAAAGUACAGUUAAUUGAUGCCUUGAAGGAAUUGCAGGUUCAUGAGGGAAACACAAACUUUCUGAUUCCAGAGUAUCGCUGUAUUCUAGAAGAGGCAGAUCAUCUACAAGAGGAAUACAAAAAGCAACCUGCACAUCUUGAAAGACUCUAUGGUAUGAUUACUGAUCUUUUCAUAGAUAAAUUCAAGUUCAAAGGCACUAAUGUAAAAACCAAAGUACCUGUACUCCUGGAGAUUCUCGAUAGCUAUGACCAGAACACACUGAUUUCUUUCUUUGAUGCAGCAUGAAAGAUAAACAAGGAUUUGGAAUGGAUGGAAUGGAUUCCCAUUUUCUUUUCCUUGGUGACAUGCUCCUCCUGCAGGCUGAAAUACUUGGCUGAGCACUGUAGACUGUGGCCUGAUCAGACCUGAGGAACCUCACUCAGAUGGAUGUCCUCUGUGUAACGAGAAAAGUGACAGCUUCUAAGAUCUCCCCUACUAGUAUCCACAAAACUCCUUUUCAUUGUAUACAUGAAGGGAAAAGGAAGACAUUUUAGUCAUUUAUUUCAGGGGAAUAUUGCAUUGAAAGUUUUAAAAUACUGUAAAAAUAAGAGAAAAUAAGCUGUCUUUUGUUUCAAAGGGUAGUUAUGAAAACAACAAUUACAUUUUAUUAUAUUUUGUGUUUGAUUCGUAAAUAUUAAAUGUGAACAUUUAAGGCA